UCGGCCGCCGGCGACGCUAGGCGCUCGCGGGGAUUUGCAACUCGGCGGAUCGAGUCCUCGCCGGCGGGGCCGCUGCUGCUGGGGAAGCUGCUGCUGGUGGCCACAGGCUGGCACCAGGGCCCUGGACUUUAGAAGCCGUUGCUGCCCUCUCUGUCACCUGAAGCGGGGCCCUCUCCCGUCCCACCCUUGCCCCGCCUCCCUGCCCCCACCGGGCCGGCCCUGCCCGCCGCCGGACCCUGGCAUGUCAAGGUCUGGUCCGCGCCUGCCUGCCCAGCCCGCGGAACCCCGGCGGCCCCGCGAGCUAGGAUGAGGGGCCAGGCCGCCGCCCCGGGCCCCGUCUGGAUCCUCGCCCCGCUGCUGCUGCUACUGCUGCUGCUGGGACGCCGCGCGCGGGCGGCCGCCGGAGUAGACGCAGGGCCCGGGCCCGAGCCGUGCGCCACGCUAGUGCAGGGAAAGUUCUUCGGCUACUUCUCGGCGGCCGCCGUGUUCCCGGCCAACGCCUCGCGCUGCUCCUGGACGCUGCGCAACCCGGACCCGCGGCGCUACACUCUCUACAUGAAGGUGGCCAAGGCGCCAGUGCCCUGCAGCGGCCCCGGCCGCGUCCGCACCUACCAGUUCGACUCCUUUCUCGAGUCCACGCGCACCUACCUGGGCGUGGAGAGCUUCGACGAGGUGCUGCGGCUCUGCGACCCCUCCGCACCCCUGGCCUUCCUGCAGGCCAGCAAGCAGUUCCUGCAGAUGCGGCGCCAGCAGCCGCCCCAGGACGACGAACUGCGGCCCCGGGCCGGGCCGCCAGGCCCCAGCGACGACUUCUCCGUGGAGUACCUGGUGGUGGGGAACCGCAACCCCAGCCGUGCCGCCUGCCAGAUGCUGUGCCGCUGGCUGGACGCGUGUCUGGCCGGUAGCCGCAGCUCGCACCCCUGCGGGAUCAUGCAGACCCCCUGCGCCUGCCUGGGCGGUGAGACGGGCGGCCCUGCCACGGGACCCCUGGCCCCUCGCGGGGAUGUCUGCUUGAGAGAUGCGGCGGCUGGUGGCCCUGAAAACUGCCUCACCAGCCUGACCCAGGACCGGGGCGGGCACGGCGUCACAGGCGGCUGGAAGCUGUGGUCCCUGUGGGGCGAAUGCACGCGGGACUGCGGGGGAGGCCUCCAGACGCGGACGCGCACCUGCCUGCCCGCGCCAGGCGUGGAGGGCGGCGGCUGCGAGGGGGUGCUGGAGGAGGGUCGCCAGUGCAACCGCGAGGCCUGCGGCCCCGCUGGGCGUACCAGCUCCCGGAGCCAGUCCCUGCGGUCCACAGAUGCCCGGCGGCGCGAGGAGCUGGGGGACGAGCUGCAGCAGUUUGGGUUCCCAGCCCCCCAGACCGGUGACCCAGCAGCCGAGGAGUGGUCCCCGUGGAGCGUGUGCUCCAGCACCUGCGGCGAGGGCUGGCAGACCCGCACGCGCUUCUGCGUGUCCUCCUCCUACAGCACGCAGUGCAGCGGACCCCUGCGCGAGCAGCGGCUGUGCAACAAUUCUGCGGUGUGCCCAGUGCACGGUGCCUGGGACGAGUGGUCGCCCUGGAGCCUCUGCUCCAGCACCUGUGGCCGUGGCUUUCGGGAUCGCACGCGCACCUGCAGGCCCCCCCAGUUUGGGGGCAACCCCUGUGAGGGCCCUGAGAAGCAAACCAAGUUCUGCAACAUUGCCCUGUGCCCUGUGGAUGGAAACUGGAAUGAGUGGUCGAGCUGGAGCGCCUGCUCCGCCAGCUGCUCCCAGGGCCGACAGCAGCGCACGCGUGAAUGCAACGGGCCUUCCUACGGGGGCGCUGAGUGCCAGGGCCACUGGGUGGAGACCCGAGACUGCUUCCUGCAGCAGUGCCCAGUGGAUGGCAAGUGGCAGGCCUGGGCGUCAUGGGGCAGUUGCAGCGUCACGUGUGGGGCUGGCAGCCAGCGACGGGAGCGUGUCUGCUCCGGGCCCUUCUUCGGGGGAGCAGCCUGCCAGGGCCCCCAGGAUGAGUACCGGCAGUGCGGCACCCAGCGGUGUCCCGAGCCCCAUGAGAUCUGUGACGAGGACAACUUUGGUGCUGUGAUCUGGAAGGAGACCCCAGCGGGAGAGGUGGCUGCUGUCCGGUGUCCCCGCAACGCCACAGGACUCAUCCUGCGACGGUGUGAGCUGGACGAGGAAGGCAUCGCCUACUGGGAGCCCCCCACCUACAUCCGCUGUGUUUCCAUUGACUACAGAAACAUCCAGAUGAUGACCCGGGAGCACCUGGCCAAGGCUCAGCGAGGGCUGCCCGGGGAGGGAGUCUCGGAGGUCAUCCAGACCCUGGUGGAGAUCUCUCAGGACGGGACCAGCUACAGCGGGGACCUGCUGUCCACCAUCGACGUCCUGAGGAACAUGACAGAGAUUUUCCGGAGAGCGUACUACAGCCCUACCCCUGGGGACGUACAGAACUUUGUCCAGAUCCUUAGCAACCUGCUGGCAGAGGAGAAUCGGGACAAGUGGGAGGAGGCCCAGCUGGCGGGCCCCAACGCAAAGGAGCUGUUCCGGCUGGUGGAGGACUUUGUGGACGUCAUCGGCUUCCGCAUGAAGGACCUGAGGGAUGCAUACCAGGUGACAGACAACCUGGUCCUCAGCAUCCAUAAGCUCCCAGCCAGCGGAGCCACUGACAUCAGCUUCCCCAUGAAGGGCUGGCGGGCCACGGGUGACUGGGCCAAGGUGCCGGAGGACAGGGUCACUGUGUCCAAGAGUGUCUUCUCCACGGGGCUGGCAGAGGCCGAUGAAGCAUCCGUGUUUGUGGUGGGCACCGUGCUCUACAGGAACCUGGGCAGCUUCCUGGCCCUGCAGAGGAACACGACGGUCCUGAAUUCCAAGGUGAUCUCCGUGACUGUGAAGCCCCCGCCUCGCUCCCUGCGCACGCCCUUGGAGAUCGAGUUUGCCCACAUGUAUAAUGGCACCACCAACCAGACCUGUAUCCUGUGGGAUGAGACGGAUGUACCCUCCUCCUCCGCCCCCCCGCAGCUCGGGCCCUGGUCGUGGCGCGGCUGCCGCACGGUGCCCCUCGACGCCCUCCGGACGCGCUGCCUCUGUGACCGGCUCUCCACCUUCGCCAUCUUAGCCCAGCUCAGCGCCGACGCGAACAUGGAGAAGGUGACUCUGCCAUCCGUGACGCUCAUCGUGGGCUGUGGCGUGUCCUCUCUCACCCUGCUCAUGCUGGUCAUCAUCUACGUGUCCGUGUGGAGGUACAUCCGCUCGGAGCGUUCUGUCAUCCUCAUCAACUUCUGCCUGUCCAUCAUCUCCUCCAAUGCCCUCAUCCUCAUCGGGCAGACCCAGACCCGUAACAAGGUGGUGUGCACACUGGUGGCCGCCUUCCUGCACUUCUUCUUCCUGUCCUCCUUCUGCUGGGUGCUCACCGAGGCCUGGCAGUCCUACAUGGCUGUGACGGGCCACCUCCGGAACCGCCUCAUCCGCAAGCGCUUCCUCUGCCUGGGCUGGGGGCUCCCUGCACUGGUUGUGGCCAUUUCUGUGGGAUUCACCAAGGCCAAAGGGUACAGCACCAUGAACUACUGCUGGCUUUCCCUGGAGGGGGGACUGCUCUAUGCCUUCGUGGGACCUGCCGCCGCCGUUGUGCUGGUGAACAUGGUCAUUGGGAUCCUGGUGUUCAACAAGCUCGUGUCCAAAGACGGCAUCACAGACAAGAAGCUGAAGGAGCGGGCAGGGGCCUCCCUGUGGAGCUCCUGCGUGGUGCUGCCGCUGCUGGCGCUGACCUGGAUGUCGGCCGUGCUCGCCGUCACCGACCGCCGCUCCGCCCUCUUCCAGAUCCUCUUCGCCGUCUUCGACUCGCUGGAGGGUUUCGUCAUCGUCAUGGUGCACUGUAUCCUCCGUAGAGAGGUCCAGGACGCUGUGAAAUGCCGUGUGGUUGACCGGCAGGAGGAGGGCAACGGGGACUCAGGGGGCUCCUUCCAGAACGGCCACGCCCAGCUCAUGACCGACUUCGAGAAGGACGUGGAUCUGGCCUGUAGAUCAGGUCCUGAGGCAGUGACAGGCAGUGGCUUUCUGGGCUGUGGAGAGGCCAAUGGGCCAUGCUCCCUCUGGUCAUUUAGAUAUUUGAAGAGCACCUUCUCUAGAGACAGCCCUGGCAGAGGAGCUGGGACAGCCCCAGUGCUGAACAAGGACAUCGCGGCCUGCCGCACUGCCACCAUCACGGGCACACUGAAGCGGCCAUCUUUGCCCGAGGAGGAGAAGCUGAAGCUGGCCCAUGCCAAGGGACCGCCCACCAAUUUCAACAGCCUGCCGGCCAACGUGUCCAAGCUGCACCUGCACGGCUCACCCCGAUACCCCGGCGGGCCGCUGCCCGACUUCCCCAACCACUCACUGACCCUCAAGAGGGACAAGGCGCCCAAGUCCUCCUUCGUCGGUGACGGGGACAUCUUCAAGAAGCUGGACUCGGAGCUGAGCCGGGCCCAGGAGAAGGCUCUGGACACGAGCUACGUGAUCCUGCCCACGGCCACGGCCACGCUGCGGCCCAAGCCCAAGGAGGAGCCCAAGUACAGCAUCCACAUUGACCAGAUGCCACAGACCCGCCUCAUCCACCUCAGCACCGCCCCCGAGGCCAGCCUCCCCGCCCGCAGCCCGCCCUCCCGCCAGCCCCCCAGCGGCGGGCCCCCCGAGGCGCCCCCUGCCCAGCCCCCACCGCCCCCGCCCCCACCGCCCCCACCUCCCCAGCAGCCCCUGCCCCCACCGCCCAAUCUGGAACCGGCACCCCCCAGCCUGGGGGAGCCCGGGGAGCCUGCCGCCCAUCCGGGACCCAGCACGGGGCCCAGCACCAAGAAUGAGAAUGUCGCCACCUUGUCUGUGAGCUCCCUGGAGCGGCGGAAGUCGCGGUAUGCAGAACUGGACUUUGAGAAGAUCAUGCACACCCGGAAGCGGCACCAAGACAUGUUCCAGGACCUGAACCGGAAGCUGCAGCACACGGCGGAGAAGGACAAGGAGGUGCUGGGCUCGGACAGCAAGCCAGAAAAGCAGCAGACGCCCAACAAGAGGCCCUGGGAGAGCCUCCGGAAAGCCCACGGGACGCCCACGUGGGUGAAGAAGGAGCUGGAGCCACUGCAGCCGUCGCCGCUGGAGCUUCGUAGCGUGGAGUGGGAGAGGUCGGGCGCCACGAUCCCACUGGUGGGCCAGGACAUCAUCGACCUCCAGACCGAGGUCUGAGCGGGUGGGCGACGGCCACGCACUGGGCCAUGGAGGAGGGAUGCUGCUCCGCCCGCUCCUGCCGCAGACGGGCACAGACACGCUCGCGGGCGGCGGGCCAAGCCCGCACCCCGGCCUCAGGGCGCUCGGACGGCGGCCAGGCACAGGGCCCGCAGUGCUGGGACCAGAGCCAGAUGCAGGACAGGAGGCAGCCCAGCCAGCGGGCACAGGGCACCAGAGGCCGAAGGUGCCUCAGACUCUGCCCUCCUCGGGCCGAGGCCCAGCGGGCAGAUGGGCAGACGGCUGUGGACCGUGGACAGGCCUAGUGCGGCCAGCGUCCCAAGGUGCCCACCCGAGCUCCUGCUGCGGAGGACCAGCCUGCUUGGCCCGGCCGGCCUGGCACCGUUUUUUAAACACCCCCAUCCCUCGGGAAGCAGCCAGCUCCCCACACCUUCCAGGGCCCUAGGCCCCUCCUAGACCCAGGUGGAGAGCACAGCCCUCCGACCCUCAUGGCCCCCAGGGGCAGGACUGAGUCCCCUCCAGGAAGAAGCAGGGGGGAAUCUAUUUUUUCUCUCCUUUUCUUUUCUUCAAUAAAAAGAAUUAAAAACCCA